CGGCAGCGACGCCACCAACAAUUGGGUCAGAGCGAAAGCCAGGCAGGCAGGCAACCUGUAAGCCGAGUGAUGGCCCGUUGUGUGACAGUGGUCGUCGGCGUGUGCCUACUCUCGCGGAUUCCGACGUGUGACGUCACGCAGACGUUUCGAUAAACAUGGCUUCGAGCGCGCACAAAACGAUGAGGAGGAAACUGGUGGACGGUGAUGGAGAGAUCCUCGCCGGAGCGCCGAAGAGGAUGUGCCUGGAGACGGCACAGGAAUGCGACGACGGCGUGGUGGCGUCGAAGGAGGCGAGUAGCCGGAGGUUUAAGGAGAAGCAUUCGUUGGACAGCGACGAGGAAGACCAGGCAGAAGGCGAAGCGUUAGACGAAGAUGACAUAGAAGGACAAGAAGAUGCCACAAUAGAUUAUGAUGAAGGUAUAAAGAUAACCCCUUUCAACAUGAAGGAGGAGCUGGAGACUGGCCACUUUGACAAACAGGGGACGUACAUCUUUGACAAACAGGAUGAGAUCCGUGACAACUGGAUUGACAACAUUGACUGGCAAUAUGUGAAACACACAAGUAAGCAGAAUUCGUCUGCAAGGAAGAGUUAUGACGAUGAUGACGACGAUGAUGAGGAUGACGACGAGUAUGAAUUUGGGGGUGGCGUCGAAAGUAAUUCAAUCUAUGAGAAGAUGGUGAAGCUGAUGUUGCCGGGCGAAACUGUGCUGAGAGCGAUACGGCGCCUGGGCGGAGGGGUAAAGAGCCGGCAGAAGGCUUCCGCUGCGAACCGGUGGAAAACAAAGAUGGGGAGGAAAAAGAGCGAAGGCGAGGAGAAGGAAAAGGAGACGCCAGAAGAUGUUGGGGAAGAAAGUAAGAAGAUCCAACAGCAACAGCAGCAACUGGAAGAGGAGAACAAAGAGAAAAUGCUGGAGUUGACCGGUUACGCUGACCAUCUGCUCUCCACCGGUCAGAUGGAGGUGUACGAGAUGACCUUUGAGAAACUGAACUAUAUUCUGAAGAAAGACUCUGCUACGUCAGCUGGCGUUGGUGGCAUGUUGACAGGAAAGACAACAACAGAAGAUAGCAACAGCAUGUUGGAUAUGUUUGCAGACACGAUUGAUAAUAAGGACAAUAAAGUAACCACGGCAACAGUCAGUGGUGCCAAGUCUACAGACAAAUCGGCUGAUAAUAAGAAUGGAACCUCAAAAGAAACCUCUACGGGUGUUGAGGAAGUCCUGUGGUUGUAUAAAUGGCAGGAUGCUGAUUCGGAUGUCUAUGGCCCUUACACCAGUUCGCAGAUGUUACAUUGGACAACAGAAGGAUAUUUCCCAAAUGGAGUUUACGUAAAAAAAGCCGACAGCACCGGUCAGUUCUACAGUUCAAGGAGAAUUGACUUUGAUCUUUACAUUUAAAACCCUGGAAACACACUUCUCGCAACCAUUUUACAAAACGGCUGACGUUAUUUUUAACAUUUCUCUUUGGUUGUUGUUGUUGUUGUUAUUGUAAAUAACCCAUCUUUGAUAUUUACAACGAUCUCUUAACCUGUGUCAGGUGUCUCAAACUAUUAACUGCUGUGGCCGUUGGUGAGAUUGAUUAUCCCUCCAGAAACCUGAAAAUGUUGGGUUCAGUAUGGUCUUCAUUAAAUUGUGACUUUCA